AGUGUGCGUGAGAGUAUCUCGUGGAGGUUUCGUAGGAAAAGACGAACUGAAAUGACUUCAAACAUCUCAAUAAGGGAAUUCUACAAAGGCAAAAAUGUUCUGAUUACGGGCGGAACAGGGUUCAUGGGCAAAGUCCUGUUGGAGAAGUUGCUCUUCAGUAUACCAGACAUCGGAAAUUUGUAUGUUCUAAUGAGGCCCAAAAAAGGAAAGUCGCUUAGCCAAAGAUACGAAGACAUGCAACGCUUACCUCUCUUCGAUCGUUUGAGAAAAGAAAAUCCAUCAGCAUUAAAGAAAAUCAAGCCACUCCAAGGUGACGUGCUGUUCGAAAAUCUAGGGUUAUCUGACAGAGAGAUAGAGAGAUUAUCAGAAGAAGUAUCCGUGCUGUUCCAUUUUGCGGCAACCUUGAGAUUGGAAGCCCCCCUUACGGCUAACGUGAACAUGAAUACGGGCGGCACGCAACGGACUAUGAGUGUGGCAAAAAGAUUGAAGAACUUGCUAGUUUUCGUUCAUUUGUCCACCGCCUUCUGUUAUCCGGAUUACAAGAUUUUAGAAGAGAAGACACACGCACCACCAGUGAGACCUUCGGAAGUGAUGCGACUGAUCGAAUGGCUCAGUGACAGUCAGACUGCUCUACUAACACCAUCACUCCUCGGCCCGCAUCCUAACUGCUACACAUUUUCGAAGAGAUUAGCCGAAAGCGUCGUAGAAGAAGAAUUUGUAAACUUACCUGCCGUUAUUGUGCGUCCUAGCAUAGUUUGUCCAGCUGUACAAGAACCCGUGCCCGGUUGGGUAGACAACCUGAAUGGUCCAGUAGGCCUGAUGAUUGGAGCUGGGAAAGGUGUUAUAAGAUCCAUGCUGUGCGAUGGCAGUCUCAUAGCCCAAGUUAUACCAGUGGAUACAGCUAUCAAUGCCGUCAUAGCUAUUGGAAUGAUUGAAGGAACUAGAAAACAAAAGCCGGACGCGAUACCGGUUUACAACGUGAACAUAGGUCACCAGAAACAAACAUCCUGGGGCGAGGUCAUUAAAGUUGGCAAGGACUAUGGGCGAAAAUACCCGCUCGCUUGGCCACUUUGGUAUCCAAACGGCGAUAUCACCACAAACUACUUUAUGCAUGAGUUCAAGAGAAUUUUCUUUCACCUGCUACCUGCAUAUUCCAUCGAUCUCCUGCUAUUUUUGCUGGGCCAAAAACGUUUCAUGGUGCGAAUUCAAGAUAGAAUAAGUCAAGGGCUAGAGGUAUUGCAAUACUUUACCAUGAGACCCUGGAAUUUUCAAUGUUCCAACUACGACGGCAUUCAGGCAAAGUUGGACGAGGAGGAAAAGAUUAUAUUUAACACUGACUUGACUACAGCUGACCGUGAAAAGUACAUGCAGCAAUGCGUCGAGGGUGGUCGUAUCUACUGCCUCAAGGAAGAUCCCAGCAAAGUCCCCGUUAACAGGGCAUAUCACAAUUUCUUGUUCAUCCUGGACUGCUUGGUCAAGAUAUUCCUCUGGCUUGUUAUAUUCUCGUUCCUGGCAUCGUGGUUCAGCCCAGUGAAGACUGUCUUCAGGUAUGGAGAGCCGGUUGUAAAGCACCUGCCGAUAUUAGGACGGACUGUGUUCGACAAAAACUGAAGAUACAA